GCAGGGAGUCUUUUUAUUCCGUAACUUCAUUCCAAAAAUAAGCUUAUAUCUCCAGACUUUGAUGGCAAAUAUGGCAAUCUCAAGAUCUCCAACUCUAUAAAUACGAAGACGCGGUGUCGGAUUAAUUGUUAUUUUUCUAUCAUCAUAAUCACCAACACCUAUCUAGUAAACAACAUACAUCUAUUCAAAAUUGAUCCAUUGCGAGGAUUAAGCAUCAUGCUUCCAACAACACUUCUCACAAUAGGAGCCAUCCUUGGCAUCACUUCCGCACUCCCAGUCGAGAGCAUUCUGGAGAGACAAAGCAACUGUCCCACCGAUCUACCUCAGAACCUGGUACACUUAUAUCAAGACGACCCAGAUACCUAUUACAGCAAUUUAGCUCAGACAAAUCAAGAAAUGCUCCUUUACCAAGACGUCAAUAGCGCAGGUCAAGUAGCAGACCGCAUCACCUCCCUAGUCGCUUUCACGCCUCCGACUGGCUCCUGGGGUUGCGCACUCAAAAUUACUUUCCCGUCCACCUACACAUUCCCAACCCUGACGGGCGCUACUCCAACCCUCAAUGUCUACGCAUACCCUGCCCCAAUUCCUUCAGCUCCUACCUGGAACAAUGUCAUGCCUAACAUAGGCUCGCUGUUGGGUACUGUGACAGUGGCUCCAGGAAUAUCGGCAACGAUCAAUUCGGAAACGUGUCCGACGACGGCUGGGGGACAAUUGGCAUUUGUGUUUGAGUAUGCGGAUUGGAUCACGGCUCCGGGGAGCGUGGAGUGGGUCAAUUAUGUUAAUGCGAUGAACGGCGCGGGAUUGACGGGUGCCUAUAUGACUUAUAAUUGUUAAAGUUUGUGGAAUUGUGGGAGGGGUAUGAUUGGGCAGAGGAAAGAAUGAGGGCGGCAGGUAGGAUUUUAGAGUUUGAGAGGCGUUUCGGCGGCAUGUCAUGUCAUUAUCUCAAUUGGAAUUAUUUGUUUUUAGCUUCCUUUCCAUUUCUGCGUUUCAAUUGCCAACUCUUCACAAAGUGUUCAAAUUCCAGCUUGGAGAGAAUGGAAACUGACACGAGAGCUUUCCUCAGCAUGCCCAAGAAUUACAAUGUCUGAACAGAAAAGCGAAUGCAUACAAAGAAAAAGAAGUCACUGCAUGGCCCAAAGCAGCG